CAGAAAAAAAAACACACUGCACACACACACACAGACAAACUCUCUCUCUCUCUCUCUCUUAAAAAAAAACUGUGUUUUCUCAUUCUCUUUAUUCCCCAAAUUUCUCCUCAUUUUCCUACUAAUUUCCAACAAAAUCCCAAUUUUCGAAUUCUACAAUGUGUGAUCUUUCUAUGUUGUUCAGUUUCUUCGACUGAAUUUUUGAAUUCAAUACACUUAUUCGAAGAAUUUUCUUUUAAAGGAAAAUGCUGGAAACAGUAGACAGUUCAGUGCAUGUUAAUAACAAUGUGUUCCGUACUACUCAGUUACAUCAAAACUGCGGGGGCGGCGGAGGAGGAGAUAGCAGUGAAGAGGAAUUAAGUGUAUUACCAAGACAUACAAAGGUUAUAGUAACAGGAAAUAAUAGAACUAAGUCAGUAUUAGUUGGUCUUCAGGGUGUUGUUAAGAAAGCUGUUGGUCUUGGCGGUUGGCAUUGGCUGGUUCUUACAAAUGGCAUAGAGGUGAAACUACAAAGGAAUGCUUUAAGUGUGCUCGAACCUCCUACUGGUAAUGAGGAUGAUGAUGACCUGGAAUUUGAAAAUGUCCACUGGAAUGGUUCAGAUAUGGCAUCCGAUGAUACUCAAAAAUCUCAUAGACCAAGGCACCGCGUACAUAAAUCGUCUGGUUCCCACAAGGCCAUGAGCCGCUCCCUUUCAUGUGACUCGCAAUCAAAAGGAUCUAUUUCUACACCUCGUGGGUCCAUGUACAUUAUGCAACAGAAGGUUGACCUAAGCAAACUCGAGAUGGCUGCACUGUGGAGAUAUUGGCGACACUUUAACCUUAGGGAAGCUAUACCUAACCCCUCGAAAGAGCAACUAAUUGAUGUUGUCCAGAAGCAUUUCACAUCUCAGCAAUUGGACGAGUUGCAGGUAAUUGUGGGAUUUGUUCAAGCUGCCAAGAGACUCAAGACAGUCUGCAAAUGACUCAAGGGAACGAACCCCUUUUGGGAACGCCCCUAACACUAACAAAUAGUGGUACCUUUGUGUCCACUUGCUAUUGCGCAGUAAUAUGUGUAGUAUAAUAUGUAUACUCCUGUUUAUCCCUUAUGUCUUGCUUAGAGUUGUAGUUUAUGUAGAUAAAUGAACUGCUGAACUAACUCUGGAGGUCUCCUUCUGGUUGAAUGUACUUCCUCGCGAGUGGGGGAAGUACUAGUACUUAAUCACAUGUAUAGUCUAAUGUCUUAAACUGUUAAAUCAUCAUUCAACCAACUGAAUCUUGGUUUGGUAUUAGUGACCAAGCGCUUAUUCACUCCA